AUGGCGACAACGCCAGCACUGAAAAGCCCGUCGCGAUGGUUGACGGCGCUGCUGGCCACCACAAGCUGCUUGCUUCCCGGCGCACGAGCUACCGUCUAUAAGCUGGGCACAAAAGGUACCGACCCGACUCAGCACAUGUCGAGAGAAUCCGAUGAAUUGAUGUUGAUCGUUUUGUUGUUUGCAGCCGAAAUCAAGGAGUCCGCCGCCACGCUCGCCUACGACCUCAUGCUCUACUACAAGGGCAACCAGUCGGGUGAAAUUCCCGGCAUUCUCCCCGGUCCCCCCACAGAACACAAGGGCGACUACUACUGGUGGGAAGGAGGAGCCAUGAUGGGCACUUACGUCGAUUAUUGGUUUCUAACAGGCGACGAGUCCUACAACAAGGUAGUCACCGAAGGCAUGAUUCACCAGGUCGGUCCCAACGAGGAUUACAUGCCGCCCAACCACACGGCCUCGCUGGGCAACGACGAUCAGGGUUUCUGGGGCAUGAGUGCCAUGUUGGCGGCCGAGAAUAAAUUCCCCAACCCGCCAGAGGACCAGCCCCAGUGGCUUGCCCUGGCCCAGGCUGUUUUCCACACCCAAGCCGCCCCCGAAAGACACGACAACACCUGCAACGGAGGUCUGAGAUGGCAGGUUCCCCCCAUGAACGCAGGUUACAACUACAAGAACACCAUUGCCAACGGCUGCUUCUUUGACUUGGGCGCCCGCUUGGCAGCCUACACCUUCAACCAGUCAUAUGCCGACUGGGCCGACAAGACGUUCCAGUGGCUGUGGGAUGUAGGGUAUAUUGACCACAAGGACUGGCGUGUGUAUGACGGUGGCCACGUCGAGCACAACUGCACCGACAUCAACAAAGCCCAGUUCAGCUACAACGCUGCCCUCUUGCUGCACGGGAGCGCCUUCAUGUACAACUACACCAACGGCAGUGAGAUUUGGAAGACGAGAGUCGACAAGCUGUGGGAGGGCAUGCAUCGCGAUUUCUUCGAGGACGACAUCGCCUACGAAAUUCCCUGCGAGGGCCGCAAGGGCGCCUGCACGGCAGACAUGUUGUCGUUCAAGGGCUACGUCCACCGCUGGCUGUCCGUGGUCACCAAGGUCGCCCCGCAUACCCGGGACAAGAUCCUCCCGGUCUUGAGGACGUCUACCGAAGCUGCUGUCAAGCAGUGCACAGGAGGUGACACGGGUCGGAGGUGCGGCUUCUACUGGAGGGAGGGUGUCUAUGUUGAUCCUGCCGUCGACAAGACGAGCGGCGCUGGCGAGCAGAUGAAUGUGUUGGCUGCUGUGUCCAGCUUGCUGAUUGACGACGCACCUCCUCCGGCCAACAACCUCACAGGUCUGAGCAAGCCCAACUACGACGCUGGUUCCAAGUCCAGAGGUCCGAGUGAGCCGCUCGCCCCCAUCACCAACGGCGACAGGGCGGGCGCAGCCAUCUUGACCAUCCUCAUUCUCGGAAGUGCCGUUGGUUCCUGGGCCUGGAUGAGCUUUGGGGAUUAA